AUGUGUUGUGGACCCUCCAUCGCUCCUUGUCAGGCUUCUUCUCCAAGAAGCAGCAGUGAAGAGAUCUCUACUCUUCUUUCAUCUAUAAUCCUGAAAUCUGUGAUACUCCAUCCAUCCACAAUUCAGGCCAGGGGGAAAGGAAUGUGGUUCAACGGAGGACCACCCGGACCGCCACAUCAUGGUCCGCCACCGCCAGGACACCCCUUACAUGGUCUCCCUCACCCAGCCUAUCCACCCGGUCAUCCUUUACAUCUACCGCCUGGAGUUCAAAUGAUGCCGAUGGGAGGACCACAUACAGUAAUGCCAGGGAUGCCAAUGGGAGCAAUGCCACCACUACCACCAAUGACACCAAUGGGACAAAUGCAGCAGAAUGGAGGGCCGUCUGGAUCACAUCAGAUGAUGGGGCCGUCAACUAGUGGGCCACCGCCUUCGCAGCCACGUGGAAGACCCGCACACCGAGACAACGAGAUAUUUGUCUAG